AUGGACGCCAAAGUAGUAGAGCAGCCACGGCAGAAGGAUGGGAUGGAGAAGAAGAGGAAGAAUCUUAUUCCUCCGUCGUCGUUGUCAUCACUUCCAAAUGAAAUCCUUUUGAGCUGUUUAGCUCGCAUCUCGAGAUAUCACUACCGCUCCUUCUCUUUAGUCUCCAAGACCCUCCGCUCUCUCAUAUCUUCCCCAGAGCUCUAUCAGUCUCGCUCCUGGAUUGGAAACACAGAGCCUUACCUCUACUUAUGCCAACGCUUACCCCCUUAUGAUCGCUGGUUCCUUGUUGAUCAAACCAUAGUUACCAACGGCCGUAUUAAGGAUGAUGGGUUGAGCUUAUCACCCAUAGCACCUUCUCCCUCUGCUCCAUCCAAGCCGUCCGCUGUAGCCGUAGGUUUCGAAAUCUACCAAAUGGGCGGAACCAUUAACGACGACAAGCGGCCAUCCUCGGCCGUUCAUGUGUUUGAUUGUCGGACUCACACGUGGCGGGAUGCUCCUAACAUGUUGGUGGCAAGGAAACGCGCCAAGUCUGCUUUUAUAGACGGCAAGAUUUUUGUUAUUGGAGGAACAAAGGACUCAAAAUCCUCCUCCAUGAACUUGGCUGAGGUUUACGAUUUAAACUCUCAGACUUGGAAGCCACUGCUUAGCCCUUGUGAUGACGCUAAAGUUCAGCUUCGUAGAGGACAACUUUACGUUAAUAGUAAGCUUAAAACGUGUGAAUAUGAUUCAAAACAAGGAAGAUGGAAGGAUUCUCCAAAGGCGAGUUUGAGCAAAGGACCUUGGUGCAUUAUAGAAAAUUGUGGUAUUUACUGUCCUAGAUUAGCUAACUAUUGUGGGAAACUCGUAAUUCUACGGGAGCUUCUCAUUCCAGUGCAGCCAUGGCAGGGGCAAAUACCUUUCUGCCAAAAAGACAAGAAGAGUAUUUGGUGUGAGGCAAUCACUGAGAAGGCAAUCAUGGAUGGAUGGUGA